AAAAAAAGAUGGCGACUUGCAUUGCAAAGCAUGCAAAGUUUUGAGCAGAACGCUUCACCAUGACGUGAACGUUACCGAAAUUGUGCGGGGGCACCUUUAAUGAGCGGUGCGAUGUCUUUAACGGCGACCACACGCUGUAAGGUUCGCUUGCUAAACCGUGCCGUGUGGCGUCAGUUAGGGACACGCACUGCGACACUUCGUAGUGGCGCCCGCACCGCCGCUACCUGCCGGUCCUAUUUGCAUGGCCUGGAACAGGAAUGGUUGCGGCAACCUUUCAAUCAGUCGUUGCUUCGCGCCUACUCAACCAAACGGGGUUCCGACCGUGUUACGAAGUCCACCAUUAUACUGCAGGAUGGCGUGAGCAUCGAAGAACUGCCUGUUCUGAUCAAGAAGGCCACCGCGGAGUCGCUCCUCGGCAACGAUCAAGCGGCGAGCACCAACUUUGACGACCAUCCAAAAGCAACCAGGGAGGGCGCUUCGCCUAAGGUCUCCGCGAUAAUUCAGAAGUGCACGUCGGUGAAAGACGUUUACGUCGCUUUGAGGAAAGCCGAUCCCAAGGACCUGACGCCCGCCAUCGGUGUUCAGGCGCUCGACAAGCUCCUGCAGGUUCGAGACGUCGGCCUGGACGUGCGACAGAAGCGCUCCAAGAAUGCCGAGCCCGAGGGCGUUUCGCUCGUCAUCGGCGAGCUGUGCAACCUCAUCACGGCCGCCGGGAGCACCGAGGUCAUACUGGACGGUCUGAAGUGCGUCGUGAAGCAUCGGUACAGCGAGGAGGACCGCAAGCGCUACGUGGACACUUUCGUGCAGGUAAUCCUCGGCCGCAUCUGCGACGGCACCAUCAAGUUGCCCGAUCUCCUCGAAGUCACCCUGUUGUUAGUCGGCUGCGGCAGUCAGUACCUGGGCACGGUGGAUCACUUCUGGCAGACCAUCGUCGCUCAAGCGGUCGACAUGCGGAAGGAAGACGUCCUGAAGCUGUACAGCCUGCUGCCGUACUUCAAGAGCUCGCAGAGCGUCGUGCUUCGCGCCGUGGCCCGCAACACCACGAAGAACGUGCUGUCGUUGGGCCCCGAGGACGUUGCGUACAUCAUGGGCGUGCUGACGAGGCUCAGGCUGGUGCCGCAGAGCCUGCUGACGGUCCUGACCAAGUGGCUCAACCUGAACUUGCACGUCGUGCCCGAAAAGGAGUUCGCCGGCAUGCUGCGUAGCUUGCAGGACCUUCGCUACCUGGACGCCAACUCGACCAAGGCGGUCGAGCGGUACGUACGCAUCAAGGGCUCCGGCAGCCACGAGGAAACCAUGGACGCCCUGGCAUCCUACUGCCGGGCAUUCCGAUGGAGGAGUGAACCCGUGUUCAACUCGGCCUCUGACUUCUUUGUGGCGAAUCACAAGGCAAUGUCACUGCCAACGGCUGUGAAUGUGGUCCGGGCCCUUGGCUACCUCAACAUUGUGCCCAAGAACGCGAUGGAGUUCUUUGGCUCCCUGGAAUGGCUGCUUCGAGAGAGGUUCAACCAAAUCCCCUCCGACAAACUGGUUGACAUGCUGGUAGCCUGCUUCUACUUGCAGAGGUAUCCGCUCAACUUUGUCAAGAAGGUGUUCAGCCCGCACUUUCUCGACAAGAUGAAUGGGAGCCUAGAGCAAAGUGAACUGCGUAGGACGCAUCAGAAACUCAAGUUCCUAGACUCUGCACUCUCAUUGGAAUGCAAGCAGUAUCACGGCCCUUAUUUACCUCGGGACUACUCGUCAAAAAGUGUGAAAAGAGAUGGGAGGCUACUCCGCCUGAUGUGCUCGAUGCAAGACGACAUGGAACUGAUUUUAGGAGGCGAAGGAAACUUCAGCUUCUCGGUGGUGCAGCCUAGGCUGCCUCUCUCCGACAUGUACAUUAUUGAUUAUGUUGUGCAACUGAACAAGCAAGGAAAGCCAAUUCCUGCAGAUGCUGUGAGCGGGGUAGAUAAACGGUUAGCUGUGAUCAUCUCCCUCCCAGAGCACUACAGCAUGGACAGCCUGCAUGCAAUGGGACACCAUGCGACCCGAAUGCGGCUUCUCCGAGCGCUAGGAUACAGCGUCAUCGAGCUCAAGUAUGAAGAUGUUCUGAAGACUAGGCCGGCAUCUAAGGAAAGGUUGAAUUACCUGAGUACAAAGAUUCUAACCCCAUCCUGACCAUCGCAUAAGUUGAAACCACGCUCACUCCUGUACAGAUAGAAUAAAUUAUUUAAGU